AUGGCUCAUGACGGCACAAGACCUCACGUGGAAGUUGACAAGGAACAGGGUGAAGAAGAAGAGGGGGAGAUUGGUGAGUCGAUGAUCAUGGGAGAAAAGGGUGAUAAGGAGAAGGAGAAGAAUAGCACGGAGGAGGAUGAGGAGGGAAAGGAUGAUGGCAAGGAGGAUGAGAAGGAGGAAGAGGUGUAUAGAACGGACAAGGAGGAAGAUGGAGACAAGGAAAAAAAAGAGAGCUACAGGAGGAGAGUAGUGAAGAUGAAGAGGGAGAAGUAG